UCCCACCAACAUGGUGAAUGUUCCUAAGACCCGCCGGACGUUCUGCAAGAAAUGUGGCAAGCACCAACCCCACAAAGUGACCCAGUACAAGAAGGGCAAGGAUUCUUUGUACGCCCAGGGAAAGCGGCGCUAUAACAGGAAACAGAGCGGCUAUGGUGGGCAGACUAAGCUGAUUUUCUGCAAAAAGGCUAAAACUACAAAGAAGAUUGUGCUGAGACUUGAGUGUGUUGAGUCCAACUACAGAUCUAAGAGGAUGCUGGCUAUUAAGAGAUGCAAGCACUUUGAACUGGGAGGCGAUAAGAAGAGAAAGGGCCAGGUGAUCCAGUUCUAAGCUGAUCUUGAAGACAAUAAAAUCAU